UACAGGUCUCAAAAUAUCACCUGUUCCCCUCAAAUAGGUACAACUAUUACAUAUCAAUAAAAACAAAAAGAAAUCAAUUAAAAUUUAAAAUAAAAAUAAGUAGGACUGCAAAGUUACCACUGGAUCAUUGAAUAGGGAAAUGAAUGGUGUCCUCAUUAAAGGUGGUCUCAGUGGAGAAAGGGAACAGAAGUUGGACUCAAAUGGUUACAGAGAGUGAGUAGGAGACAGAAUAGCUUGGGAAGCGCAGGUAAUUCCUCCAGGAAGCGUGCUGGGAAGGGGAGAAAUGAGGCCGGUAAGGAUUCAGGGAAUGCUGGCUUGGGAGUGAGUGACUUUGAAGCUAAGCAUGUCCCCAGGGGACAGACAUGGGGAGCGACACCUCACACUGAUGGGCAGAGACACCCCAACCUGCUCCUGCCUGGGCUCCCCAGUUUCACCCUGUAGAUGCAGACUCACGACACUGUCCCUUUUGUGGCCACAGGGCAUGAAUCUCUCAGGGGCCUGAAGCAGCAGCUGAGCCUCACCCGGGCUGUGAACAGAAAGGCAGCUGUGUACCUGCUGGAUGACCCCCUGGUGGGUUUGGAUGCCCACAUCACUCAGCACAUCUUUAACCAGGUCAUCGGGCCUGGUGGGCUACUCCAGGGAACAAAUUUAGAAUCUAUUUUUGAGUAUUCUUAACUUACGACAAUAUAAUCUGCAUAAGUGCAAAGGAAUGUUUUCUUCUGCAAC